AUGGCCGUAUCAAAUGCAAUAAUUCGUGCUUGUUUACUUUACGAGUUCAAACUUGGCAGUAAAGCCGCAGAGGCUGGUCGUAAGAUAUGCCCUGCUUUAAGGAAGGGUGCUGUAGCUGAACGAACGAGCCAGAAGUGGUUUAAAAAAUUUGUAUCUGGAAAUGAAAGCCUGGAUGAUGAACCUCGCUCCGGAAGACCAUCGACGAUUAACAACGACGAUAUCAAGUUGGCAAUCGAGCAGGAUUCAAGUCAGACAUGCCAAGCUCUUGCCUUGCAAUUCAAUGUCAGCGACGAAACUAUUCGCAUGCAUUUGCACCAGCUUGGGAAACGAUGGAAGUUUAGCAAAUGGGUACCACAUGAAUUGAGUGAAGCAAACAAGUUACAGCGUUUGACAAUCUGUACAUCAUUGCUUUCUCGUCACAACUUAGCGCCGUUUUUCGACAGGAUGUGGACGUGUGAUGAAAAAUGGAUUAUGUACUGCAACAAAAAGCGCUCACACCAUUGGUUACCUGGUGAAGAUCCGUUGCGGUUGACUGCUAAACCAAGCAUUCAUCAACAAAAGAUCUUGUUGUGUGUAUGGUGGACUACAGCAGGUAUCGUUCACUUUGAGUUUAUGCCAAGUGGACACACCAUUACUGCUAAAGUCUACUCACCACAGCUAAGCACAGUUGCGGUCGCUCUUAGGCAGAAACAGACUGCGUUAGAAAAUCGAAAAGGAGUUAUCUUCCAUCAGGACAACGCAAGACCAAACACAGCAAGAGUCACGUAG